AUGGAUGAAAUUGGAUGUAGAAUUCAUGUUCUGGCCAUCCCAUCCCCACUCCAAGGCCACCUCAAUCCGAUGCUGCAAUUAUGCAAGCGUUUAACCUCGAAGGGUGUUAGAAUCACGCUAGUCACUGGCACCUCAGCACGUUUAUCGGUGCAAAAUCAGUUUGAAUCGAUCCAGAUCGAGUAUAUUCUAGACGAUGAUAACAUUGAAGUCGAGGGAUCAAACGCAUCAGAGAAAGUUGCUGCCUUCUUGAAACGGUUUAAUAGCGCAGUUUCAGAUAAUUUGGCCAGGCUAGUCGAGGAAAAGGCGAGUUCAGAUCAUCCUGUGAAAAUAGUUCUGUAUGAUUCACUGAUGCCAUGGAUUUUGGAGAUAGUGCAGGGACAACUAGGCCUUAAAGGGGCUGCGUUUUUCACUCAGGCUUGCGCGGUUUCUGCAAUAUACAACCAUAUUCGUCGAGGAACGUUGAAAGUUCCUCUAGAGACAUCUACCAUAUUGCUUCCUUCAAUGCCACAACUGGAGUCGAACGAUCUGCCUUCUUUUGUUUAUAAUCCUGGUCCAUACCCAGGUAUUUUGGAUCUUGUCCUCAGUGAGAAUAUAAACCUGGAGAAAUCAGAUUGGUUCUUGUUCAACUCUUUUGACAAGCUAGAAAAUGAGGUAGAGUUCUCAUUCUAUAAAAUAAUUGGAAUUUGGAAGUUCACCCAUUAG